AUGAAUACUCAAGGAGAAUCAUCAACUACUUCUUCCAACUUCUCUUAUGAUGUGUUUCUGAGUUUCAGAGGUGAAGAUACUCGAAAAACCUUCACAGGUCAUCUUUAUUCUAGAUUAUGUCAAGUCGGAAUUAAUACCUUCAUAGACGACGAGGAAUUAAGAAAAGGCAAGGUGAUUUCAACAGAACUUGAGAAAGCAAUUGAAGAGUCUAGAGUUUCCAUUGUUGUUUUCUCGAAAAAUUAUGCUUCGUCUAGUUGGUGUCUUGAUGAACUUGUUAAAAUUCUCGAAUGCAAAGACAAGUUAAAGCAAAUAGUUUUGCCUAUUUUCUAUGAUGUUCAUCCUUCUCAUGUACGCAAGCAAACCGGAUGCUUUGGUGAAGCUUUGGCUAAGCUUAUGGAACGAUCAUUCGAGGUUGAGAGAAUGAAAAAAUGGACGGAUUCACUUACUCAAGCUGCAAAUUUAUCUGGAUGGGAUUUGCAAAAUGUUGUUGACGGACAUGAAUCAAAAUUUAUUGAAAGUAUUGUAAAACAAGUUCUACUAGAGGUAAACCAGACACCUCUAGAUGUUGCUUGGCACCCUGUUGGAGUAGAUUCUCGUGUCGAAGAUAUAGAGUUGUUAUUCCAAAAAGGAUGUGCAGAUGAAGUUCGUAUGGUUGGUAUAUAUGGCGUAGGUGGAAUAGGGAAAACAACUCUGGCUAAAGCUAUCUACAAUCAAAUAUUUCGACAAUUUGAUAGUAGUUGCUUCCUUUCAGAUGUUAGAUCAGAAGCUGAAGCAUUUGGUCUAGUCAAGUUACAAGAGAAACUACUAAAUCAAAUUCUCAAAACUAAGGACGUCAAAGUUAGCAGUGUUGCUGAAGGCGUCAAUCUAAUCAAAGCAAGACUUGGGUCAAAGAAGGUUCUAAUUAUUCUUGAUGACGUAGAUCAUAUGUGCCAAUUAGAAUCCUUGACAAGAGAAAUAAGUUGGUUUGGUUCUGGCAGUUUAAUAAUUAUUACAACCCGAGACAAGCAUUUGCUAUCUCGGAUUAGAGAAAAUGAGAGAUACAAGGCAAAACUUUUAAAUCAAGAUGAAGCUCAACAACUUUUUUCUUGUCAUGCUUUUAGUAGUCCUUCUCCGCCACAAGAAUAUGUUGAGCUUGCAAAAAGCAUAAUCAAAUAUUCAGGUGGGCUACCGUUAGCUCUAGUGACAUUGGGGUCACAUUUACAAGGGAGAUCCGUAGAAGAAUGGAGAUACGAGUUCAAAAAACUAAGAGCAAUUCCUCAUUGUGAUAUUCAAAAGAUCCUUAAGAUAAGCUUUGACGGACUUGAUUGUGAUACUCAGAGUGUUUUCCUUGAUAUCGCGUGUGCCUUCCAUGGAUUUUUUGAGGAUGAAGUUAUCAAAACAUUAAAUGCGUGUGGUUUUUAUUCUGAAAGUGCAAUUUCAACCUUAGUCCAAAGGAACUUGCUCCAAAGGGAUUGGCGUUAUUUGGUGAUGCAUGAUCUAGUGCGAGAUAUGGGAAGAGAAAUUGUUCGUAUGGAAUCACCUCGAGACUCUGGAAAACGGAGUAGAUUGUUCAAACCUCAAGAAGUCCGAGAUGUUCUACAAGGAAAUAAAGGUUCCGAAAAAGUAGAAGUACUGAUGGUAGAUCCAGGGGCAUUAAAAGGCGCGAACCUGAGCACCAAGACAUUUAAGAAAAUGAAAAAUUUGAGGGUGCUUAAAAUCGAUGAGUUACAUAUUAAUGGAGAUUUCGAGCUGUUGUCCAAGGAGCUCAGAUGGUUGUCUUGGCAAAAAUGUCCUUUAAAAUGUAUACCAUCACAUUUUCCUGCGGAAAAACUUGUAGUUCUUAAAAUGCAAGGGAGUAAUAUCCAAGAAUUUGGCGUGGAUUUGAAGUGCUCUAAAAGUUUGAAGAAGCUGGAUCUCUCUGAUAGCAAGCGCCUCGUAAGAACUCCAAACUUCAAUGGUUCACGAAGUCUCGAGACUUUGUGGCUUCGUGGUUGCACAAGUCUGACAGAGAUCCAUGAAUCAAUUGGAAAUUUGCAGAGACUAAUUGAUCUAGAUUUUUAUGGCUGCAAAAAGCUUACUUAUCUUCCGAGCAGCAUAUGCCAUCUAAAAUCCCUUCGAUCCUUGGGCAUUCGUUGGUGUUCAUCUUUACAAACACUACCAGUUGAGCUUGGAGAAAUGCAAUGUCUUACAUCUCUUCUUGCAAGUGAUACAGGUAUAAUACAUUUGCCUGGAUCAGUUGAAAUGCUAAAAGAUCUCGUAACUUUGGAAGUAGGAAGUCGAAAUUUAGAGGCCAAAAGGAGUAUCAUUUCACGAAAAAGAAUCCACCGCAUUGAAUCCUUGUCAAGUUCUAUAUCUUCUUUAAUCCUUACAUAUUGUGGUUUCUCCGAGGCUGAUAUUCCCAGAGAUAUUGGGAGUUUAUCGUCCUUGAUGUAUUUAAAUUUGAGUGGUAACAGUUUCCUCUGUCUGCCCUUUGAUUUUUCGAAGCUACGAUUAUUGGAGUAUUUAUGUUUGAAUGAUUGUGAGAAUCUUCAAACACUCCCAUCAGUAUCAAAUUUAGAAAAAUUAUGGACUUUUGAGAUUGCAAAUAGCAAUAAGUUGGUAGAUGUUACGGGGUUGGAUAACCUCCCUUUUAUAGAGAGGAUCAACAUGGUUAAUUGUACUUCUCUCCAGAAUCCGUUCAACGAAGGCUUCUUUAGUGCACCUACUCUACCAUUUCAAUCUAGAAAAAAUCCUAAUCCGGGGUUAGAAAUUUAUCUCCAAAGCAAUGAGAUUCCAGAUUUUUGCAGCAAUCGAGUAACAUCUUCGUCUAUCUGUUUUACUAUGCCCACACAUAAUGAGUAUAAAUUCUUAGGAAUGAUUGUCUGGUGUGUUCGAAAGUUUGUCAAAGUACCAACUUCAAGAGGUUUGCAUCCGCGUGGAUUGAGCUUUAAUAUUGUUGGAAGAAUGCCUUCAAAAUGUUACCAUUGGCGAUAUGAUUAUGAAAUACAUGCUAGAUGCGCAGAACUAUCAUGUGUACUUUACAGAUCUUACUUACAAGAACCGUUUUAUGGACAGAUUAUGGAAGGUGGAGAAAAGAUGCAAAUCGCGGAGUUUGGAGCAGAAAGUACAGUAAAGAAGAUAGGGAUCCAUCUGUUAUAUUUAGAUGAACAUAGUAACGUUACAUCUUUUCCAGCAAUCGUUGAUCAUUCUCAUUCAACAACAGAGUCGUCUUAG